AUGGCUAAUAAAUUAGAUAUUCAACGUCCAAUUAUAUUCGAUGAGUCAAUUGCUCACUAUGAACUGCAUGCUCAUCAACCGUAUGCAUCGUUGACUUUGAACAACAAUGAUGAAGUUCGUAUCACAAUCCAAAAUCAAAAUUUGUGCAUACUUCCUAGCAAAAGUGCACUCUAUAUUCUCGGAAAGCUUACCAAGAGUGAUAAUACUGCUGUCGCUGCCACAACUAACUUGGUUAAUAUGGAGAUUGGCCACAUAAUUAAAGAAUUUCGCUUACUUAUGAAUGGUGUUGAAGUUGAUCGAAGUAGUAACGUUGGUAUAACAAGCCUGAUGAAAGGUUAUGUAUCAUUCAGUCCAAAUCAGUUGAGUGCUUUGGAGAAUGCUGGCUGGGUGAUGGAAGAUGAUGUUAAAUUAACAAACGCUGCAGGAAGCUUUGAUUCAUUGAUUCCGUUGAAUAUUUUAAGUGGUUUUGCUGAAGAUUAUCUGAAAGUCCUUAUAAAUGUUCAGCUAGAGAUAAUUCUUACAAUUUCAAGCAGUGAUAUUAAUGCUUACAUACAACAAGCAGCAGGUGCUGAGGAAGUAAAAUUAACUUUGCAAAAAAUCGAGUGGAUUGUACCGUACGUCACCCUAUCAGGCAAGGAAAAAAUUCAAGCAUUAAAUUAUAUUACAAGUGAUCCGGCUAUCUCAAUUAGUUUUCGAACCUGGGAAUUGUAUGAGUAUCCGCUGUUACCAGCAACAUCAAGACAUAUUUGGGCUGUCAAAACAUCAACACAACUGGAGAAGCCACGUUACGUCAUCCUCGGAUUUCAGACAGCAAGAAAAAACGACGCAAGGAAGAAUGCGAGUCGAUUUGAUUAUUGUACGCUCCGUAACGUAAAGUUAUUCCUGAACUCACAGAGUUAUCCGUACGGGGAUCUGAAUUUGGACAUAAACGACAAUCAGUAUGCUUUAUUGUAUAAUAUGUACACUGAUUUCCAAUCUUCAUACUAUAAUAAAGAGGCUGAUCCACUGUUAACAAAACACAAAUUUUUGCAAGAAGCACCGCUCUGUGUUAUAGACUGUUCUAAGCAGAAUCAGGCAAUUAAAUCUGGACCAGUAGACAUUCGAUUGGAGUUUGAAUCCACAAAUAAAUUCCCACAAAACACAACAGCUUAUUGUUUAAUAAUCCACGAUCGUAUCGUUGAGUAUAACCCUAUCAGCAGCACUGUACAAAAAUUGACUUUAAACAUGGUUGUGCAAUUUGAUCUGACACCAACUAUACAUUAUAUGUAUACAUGGAGUUAUGCAUACAAGACUGCUAGACAAGAUUUUUCGUAUGAUGGAUUGUCACCCCAGAAUUUAGAAACCAACGCUUUAAUUGUUGAAUAUUUUGAAAAGCACAUGCAUGUGUUCUACGACGAUGAUAUAGCCUCAGCGGACAUUUUUCCUCAUUAUAGCGAUCCACGUUUUCAAAUGAAUAAUGUCUCAUUAGUUGGAUGUCGAUAA